CCCACCGCAAAGCCCAGCUAACUUUUGCAUUUUUAGUAGAGAUGAGGUUUUACCAUGUUGGCCAGACUGGUCUUGAACUCCUUACCUCAGGUGAUCCACCCGUCUCAGCCUCCCAAACUGCUGGGAUUACAGGCGUGAGCCACCACACCGGACCUGGGCCACAGAAUUUAAAUGCUUUGGAUACUAGAUGGUUUACAGAGAAGUCUCAACAAUUUGAGAUUUGAGAUUAAAAAUGGGUGGUAAUUAUACUUGGACCAAAGAAUGUUAAAAGGUUGACGAGCUCUCUUUUAAGAAUGAGGGAGCUAUGUAAUGAAAAUUCUGCAAAUAUGGAGAUAAAAGAUACCUACAUUAAAGAGAAGGCAGUAGAAAAUGAAUGUUUUGAGAGUGAUUUACUCUGCCUCACUUUCCUUUUAGUAAAGUUUUUUGUUUUCCUUUUUAAUGUUGACAUACCAGCUUCACAGGUAAGGUUUCACAGAAUUUUGGAAUGGACAGAGUUGCAAAGGAAAGGUUAGUAUAUUUAAAAGUUAGGAUGAACCAGUUAGUUGCCUAAUAACUAGGUUAAAAGUGGUUUUUUGUUUUAAAAAGCAUAUGCAAAAUGUAUUUACUGAGGCUUGCUCUAAUUAGAGUUCUAAACAAAUCUCGUAGGGUGUUUUGUUUUAUUUUUAUUUUUUGGUCUUUAAUCUCCCCCCUUCCCGUGUCAAGCUAAAACUGGGGGGGGGGGGGGUGUGCGUGUGUGUGUGUGUGUGUGUGUGUGUAGCCUGCAAGAGAAAUUUAGCACGCACCUCGUGGAUCUUAAUAUUUUUUUUUAAGCCAAAUAAAACUGUUUCUUGAAUAAACCAAUACAUUUCUGAAGUUAAAAAGAAUCCCAAAGGAAACAGGAAUGAACAUCCUUGGAGCUUGAUUUUCCAGAAAAAAAAAAAAUUUUUUUUUUCUAAUUAAAAAAAUCCUAAUCUCCACAUUUUUUGCCAGGCGAGAACCGAAGUUUGGAGGUAGACGAGCAGGCGAGCGGUUUGCCCGGGCACAGAGCAUGAAGGCCGGGCGGGCGCGGGGAGCGGGCGCCCGCCGCCCGGCGCGGGGGUGAGCGAGAGAGAGAGCGGAGCGCGUGUGGCCGGCGCCGCUCGGCCGGGAGCUCCCGCGCUCGCGCCCCGCGCCCCGCGCCCGCCGCCGCCGCCGCCGCCGCCGCCCCUGUUGCGAUGGCGCAGAAACCCCGUUGACAAGGCACUGCUUUUUCAUGACGCAAAACGUCAUAUUAUUUCACAAAAAGCCCAGCGAUUUCACCUGAAGAAGCUUGGGAACUCCUGCCAAAAAUUGUAGCACUUCUCACAUUGCAAUGUUGUCAUGGAUGAUGAUGAUGACUCGUGUCUCCUUGAUCUUAUUGGAGACCCACAAGCAUUGAACUAUUUUCUACAUGGACCUAGUAAUAAAUCUAGCAAUGAUGACUUGACUAAUGCAGGAUAUUCUGCAGCCAAUUCAAAUUCAAUUUUUGCCAACUCUAGUAAUGCUGAUCCUAAGUCAGCCCUCAAAGGUGUAAGCAACCAGCUUGGAGAAGGGCCCAGUGAUGGACUGCCACUUUCAAGUAGCCUUCAGUUUCUUGAAGAUGAACUUGAGUCUUCUCCUCUUCCUGAUCUCACUGAGGACCAACCUUUCGACAUUCUUCAGAAAUCCUUGCAAGAGGCCAAUAUCACUGAACAGACGUUGGCAGAAGAGGCAUAUUUGGAUGCCAGUAUAGGUUCAAGCCAACAGUUUGCACAAGCUCAGCUUCAUCCUUCUUCAUCAGCAUCCUUUACUCAGGCUUCUAAUGUUUCUAAUUACUCAGGUCAGACGCUGCAGCCUAUAGGGGUGACGCAUGUGCCUGUUGGAGCAUCAUUUGCAAGCAAUACAGUGGGUGUACAACAUGGCUUUAUGCAACAUGUGGGGAUCAGUGUUCCCAGCCAGCAUUUGUCUAACAGCAGUCAGAUUAGCGGUUCUGGUCAAAUACAAUUAAUUGGGUCAUUUGGUAAUCAUCCUUCCAUGAUGACUAUUAAUAACCUAGAUGGAUCUCAAAUCAUAUUAAAGGGCAGUGGGCAGCAAGCCCCAUCAAAUGUGAGUGGAGGGCUCCUGGUUCAUAGACAGACACCUAAUGGCAACUCCUUGUUUGGGAACUCCAGUUCCAGUCCAGUAGCACAGCCUGUUACGGUUCCAUUUAACAGCACAAAUUUUCAAACAUCUUUACCAGUGCAUAACAUCAUCAUACAAAGGGGUCUUGCACCAAAUUCAAAUAAAGUCCCAAUUAAUAUACAGCCAAAGCCUAUCCAGAUGGGUCAGCAAAAUACAUACAAUGUGAACAAUUUGGGAAUUCAGCAGCACCAUGUCCAACAAGGGAUCUCCUUUGCUUCUGCAAGCUCACCCCAGGGCUCAGUAGUUGGUCCACACAUGUCUGUGAACAUUGUAAACCAACAGAACACAAGAAAGCCAGUCACCUCACAGGCCGUGAGCAGUGCUGGGGGCAGUAUUGUUAUUCAUUCCCCCAUGGGCCAACCUCACGCACCCCAAAGUCAGUUCCUCAUACCUACAAGCCUUUCUGUCAGUUCCAACUCGGUACACCACGUCCAGACUAUAAAUGGGCAACUUCUUCAGACUCAACCGUCUCAGCUCAUUUCUGGCCAAGUGGCCUCAGAGCAUGUCAUGUUGAACAGAAACUCUUCCAACAUGCUCAGGACCAACCAACCAUAUUCUGGACAGAUGCUUAACAACCAGAAUACUGCCGUCCAAUUAGUGUCUGGGCAGACCUUUGCCGCCUCUGGAAGUCCAGUGAUAGCCAAUCAUGCCUCUCCUCAGCUUGUGGGUGGACAGAUGCCCUUGCAGCAGGCGUCCCCAACCGUAUUACACCUGUCACCCGGGCAGAGCAGCGUUUCCCAAGGAAGACCUGGCUUCACCACCAUGCCCUCAGUGACAAGUAUGUCAGGACCUAGUCGGUUCCCUGCUGUCAGCUCAGCCAGCACUGCCCAUCCUAGUCUUGGGUCUGCAGUUCAGUCUGGUUCAUCAGGAUCAAACUUUACAGGAGAUCAGCUGACCCAGCCAAACAGGACUCCAGUACCAGUCAGUGUGUCUCAUCGUCUUCCAGUUUCUUCUUCCAAGUCUACCAGCACUUUCAGUAACACACCUGGAGCAGGAACCCAGCAACAAUUCUUCUGCCAGGCUCAGAAAAAAUGUCUGAAUCAGACUUCCCCCAUUUCUGCUCCCAAGACCACAGACGGCCUGAGGCAAGCACAGAUCCCUGGGCUCUUGAGCACCGCACUGCCAGGACAGGAUUCUGGAAGCAAAGUUAUAUCGGCGUCCUUAGGAACCGCACCACCACAGCAGGAAAAAGUAGUUGGAUCACCUCCUGGCCAUCCAGCUGUGCAGGUGGAGAGUCAUUCGGGAGGACAAAAGAGGCCUGCUGCCAAACAGCUAACUAAAGGAGCCUUCAUUCUCCAGCAGUUGCAGAGGGACCAAGCCCACACUGUGACACCGGACAAAAGUCACUUCCGAUCACUAAGUGAUGCGGUACAGAGACUGCUCUCCUACCACGUGUGCCAGGGCUCCAUGCCUACUGAGGAAGACUUGAGGAAAGUGGACAAUGAAUUUGAAACAGUUGCCACUCAGCUCCUAAAAAGGACCCAAGCUAUGCUUAACAAAUACAGAUGCCUGCUCCUAGAAGAUGCCAUGCGAAUCAAUCCCUCUGCUGAGAUGGUGAUGAUUGACAGGAUGUUCAACCAGGAGGAAAGAGCUUCCCUAUCCCGAGACAAGCGCCUGGCACUUGUAGACCCUGAGGGUUUUCAGGCUGAUUUCUGUUGUUCCUUCAAACUUGAUAAAGCUGCUCAUGAGACACAGUUCGGCCGCAGUGACCAGCAUGGCAGUAAAGCAAGCAGCUCUCCACAUCCACCGGCCAAGGCCCAAGGCAGAGACCGAGCCAAAACCAGUGUGACAGAACCCAUGAAUCAUGACCAGUUUCAUCUAGUGCCUAAUCACAUCGUGGUCUCUGCAGAAGGAAACAUUUCUAAAAAAACAGAAUGCCCUGGCAGAGCACUGAAAUUUGACAAAGUGGGCUUAGUUCAGUACCAGAGCAUGUCUGAAGAGAAGGCCAGCCGGAGAGAGCCUUUGAAGGCCAGUGAGUGCUCUCCCGGCCCCGAAGGGCACCGGAAAACCUCAUCCAGGUCGGAUCACGGUACUGAGAGCAAACUCUCAAGCAUCCUAGUGGAUUCGCACUUGGAGAUGACGUGUAAUAAUUCCUUCCAGGACAAAAGUCUGAGGAAUUCUCCAAAGAAUGAAGUUUUACACACAGACAUCAUGAAAGGGUCAGGUGAGCCCCAGCCAGAUCUCCAGCUGACAAAGAGUUUAGAAAAUACAUUUAAGAACAUCUUGGAACUCAAAAAGGCGGGACGGCAGCCCCAGAGUGACCCCACGGUUAGCGGCUCUGUUGAGUUAGAUUUCCCCAACUUUUCUCCUAUGGCUUCACAGGAAAACUGCCUGGAAAAAUUCAUCCCGGACCACAGUGAAGGUGUUGUAGAAACUGACUCCAUUUUAGAAGCAGCUGUAAAUAGUAUCCUAGAGUGUUAAUAGCCGCAGUCCUCCCCUGACCCGCCCCGAGACCCCACCCCGGACCAGUUACAUUCUUUCCUGGCAAAAGCAAAUGGAAAUGGUCUCCUGUCUCCAGCCUGCUUGAUCUUUCAUCACAGGUUAUUCUUUCUAAUCUCAAUCCUGUUCUUUGUUUAAGAGCAAUACUUGUCGUGAUUACAGGGAGAUCCAUUAGUAAAAUUAAUCCUUGUUAGAAAGCAGUCUGAUAGGCCCCACUCAUUUCAAGUGUUAUGAAAGUGCAUAUAGUCAUUUUGUUUAUUUGUUUUAUUUUUUAAAAACUCCAUGAGACCACAGUAUACUUGGCCCUGCGUAAAAUUUUGACAAUCAUAAGUCAUUUGAAAAGAACAGACUUAACUAAAAUCAAAUGAGACAGAUAGAAGGUACUUUUUAAAGAAUAUCCCACUGCAUCUCCAAAUUUAGUUUUGGAGGUUUUUUUUUUAAUUAUUUUGAGUUUUGUGUGUAUGUUUUGUUGUUGUUGAGGGGAAGGCCACAUGAUUCUUCCCCCCAGCCAUCCUUGAGCAGUAAAUUGCUGGCUGCGCUGCCAGGGACCCGCGGCCCUGGUGGGAAAGCCAGUAGCACAUAGCAGGGCAUUGCAGGGCGUCCCUGUGGAUGGUUCAAGUGCUUUUCUGAUGCUCCUGGAGCAAAACCUCAUGCUUUUAGGCAUAUCCAUGAUGAAUUUCAUCUAGGGAAUGUUCUGUUCUUAGUUACAAUAGCAGAAUUUGAAAUCAUUUCACCAGGCUAAAUAAAGGAAAAUGGAAACCACUUAAGAGGCACAGUGUACAGGGGAGGCCGGGAUAGAGCCAUGAGGGUUAUAAUAUUAAUAUGUAUAUAUGUAAAAGCAUAUAUAUGUUAACUAUUGAGAAAAAACAAGUUUUGCAUUUAUAAUUGGAUAUAGUCAACAUAUGAUGUAUGUUUUUGUUUGUUGCUGGAUUUUGUUUCAUUUAACCUCUCUUUGCACCCUCUCCCACAACUAAUAACCAAGCAUCAAAAGCACCUUCAUUUGAAAAUUAUGUUGUAAUUUUUCAGUUUAAACUUUAAGGGGACUUUGGCCUUGUUUUCAUGCUUCUUGUCUGAGAACAGUAGUCACCCUGGCAGCAAUUCAUUACCAAAACACAGACAAACCAAAGGUAACCAGCUAGCCCACCACUAAAAGGAACGAUCUGAGACAUGAGAUUCUCAUUUGAGAGCCAAAGGAUAUGCCCUGUCACGGUUUGUGUGUGGCCCGUGUUCAUAGUAGUGAGCAUGACUUAUUGCUUUAUUUAUUUUUCUUUCUUGUCAGGAAGUGUUCUCCAUUUUCCUUUCUUGUAUACCUGCCCCAGGUUAUCCCUUUUCUGUUGUUACCUUUAUUCUCAAUGUCAUUGUAACCAUCACUUAUCUCCUCUCAUUGGGAAGGCUACGUGGUAGUACUUUUAUGCACUCUUCUCCCACACAUACACAUGCAUGUGUCUCUGAGCUGCUCAGAUCCAGAGGUCAUUUUGGUUACUGUGUGUGCACACUCACUCUCCUUCUUAGUGUGUGUACUCCCUCAUUUUUCUCCCUGGCUCUAGAGGUGCAUCCACUGGUCUCCACUUUAAUGCAUUGCCAGAAUCUGCUUCUGGCUGUCGCCAGCAUGGGGACGACCCUCACUGUCAUCAUGUUGGGCAUUUCUUUUCCAGAUUGGCCCAUGAUGGAAAGGAAGGCUUCUGAUUAGAAAACACAGCAACAGAAGACCUGUAACCCCCGUGCCCUUCUGUCCCACUACACACACACAAAAACCCUGUGAGAUGGCCAGUCUUCAGAAUAGCAACGUACCUUCACCCCAACCACUUGCCCCAGCCAAUACAAAUUGGAAAACCUGGGCCAUUUUAGGGUUACCAGUUUUUCCUUAUUUGUGCCAAUGUCGAAUUUGCAGAUUUCCCCUUUUUCCUAUAUUGUAACAUAUUAGAAAGAUAAGUUGGUGUUGCCAGUCGGUACUUUGUGUUUGGGUGGCCCUGGGAUAACACCCUGCCCUGAACUCCAUGAUUUCAUAGGCUCUUCUUCCCUUAGGCCUCAUGCUCCCCUAAUUCCUAGCAAGACUUACAGAUGAUCCCUCCUGAUCAAAUUCUCAUUGUGAAACUUUAUACCUGGAAGCAAGCCUUCAUGUCAGCUGCUAAUGAGUUACAUUAAUUACUGCAAAUCAGUGGAAUUCUCAAGAGACAAGAUAAGCUUCAUGUACAUUUGUCACCUCUCUUUCUUCCCUGUCCUACCCUGCUGUCCCAAUCCUAGCUUUGCUAUAUACCAUCUUACAGGGUUUUUAAGCCCUAACACUUGUCUAGCAAAUGGAGAGCCUAAUUUACCAAAAUGAAACUUGUAAAUUUUUGUGUCUUUGUAUGUAAGUUUACUUUUUAUGGAGGAAGGAUUCUAGAUAAUGACAGAUGAAGAUUAUGAAAUGUGUUUUACUCCCGUGAUUAGGUUCUACGCACAUGGAUCAUAACUCGCUUGUUGAGCCCCCUCUGGUGAAGGGUAGGAGAGCUCAGCCUCGGAUGGCCAACAUUCAGUUGUUCAGGUUCAUUAGUCGAAGUUGCGUUUUAGAGCUAUUUGUACUCAGUAACAAAAAUCAUUUUCUUUUUUUUUUUUCCUGUUGUUGUGGAAAAGUGUGAAUUUGUUAUUAAGCAUUUGAUUUUCUGUGUCCUUAAGAACUUCCUAAAGAUAAAGCAAAAUUUUAAUCUGGCAAUUACGAAAAAAAUAUUUUAGCUCUGAAGGAUUUAGUAGAUUCUGUUAGAUUAGGGAGGCCUUACAGACUGACUUGACUGAAAGAGGACGCGUCACUCGCUGUCAGUGUGGUGUGGGCUUUAUUUGCUUAAAUACCUUCAUUUGUAUAGUAUGUCUCACUUGAAAUUGCUUUGUAUACAUUUUGUAAAAAUAUUUAUAAAAUGUUUUGUAAAAAAAAAAAAAGUAUAACAAAUUGCAGUUUAUUUUGUUAUGUUGGAUAAAUACUGUUAAAAGAAACCAGUCAGUAACUAUAUUGUUAAUCCAUGGUUAGGAAAUGUUUAGAUGGAGAUUACAAAAUGAAACAACCAUUGCAAUACAGCCAAAGAUUUGGGAAAAUGUG